UGUGCGCGUGUGUGUGUCUCUGUGUGUGUGUGUGUGUUUUCUUUCGUGAUUUUUUUUCCCUUCCCUUCCCCUUCUCUCCCCUCUUUCACUUUCACACACUUUGUUUUGACCGUCGGAGGCUGGGCCUUUGUGAAGCUUUAGACCAAGAGCCAGGAGCCACUCAGCAAUAAUUGUUCCUUUUGAAACGAACACUUUCCGGGCGAGCGCCAAGAGCUGGUUCUGUCCGUGAGCCCAAUAAAUGCUAUUUAUGAAGAUGGACCUGUUGAACUACCAGUACCUGGACAAGAUGAACAACAAUAUCGGCAUUCUGUGCUACGAAGGUGAAGCCGCUCUCCGGGGAGAACCCAGGAUGCAGACGCUGCCCGUGACCUCCGCCCUGACCAGCCACCGCACUGGCCCCCCGCCCAUCAGCCCCAGCAAGCGGAAGUUCAGCGUGGACCUGGGGGUGGACGAGCUGGAGUGUGAGGGCGACCACGCCUCCAAGAUGAGCCGCAUCUUCAGCCCCCAGCUAAACAAGACGGCCAACGGGGACUGCCGCAAGGACCCCCGGGAGCGCAGCCGGAGCCCCGUGGAGCGCGCCGUGGCCCCCGGCCUGGGCCUGCACGGCGGCCGCCUCUUCUCACCACCCAGCCUCGGCGCCGAGCUACCCCUGGCCCUGACCAAGAACAGCGGCGAUGGCGGCCGUGCCCCGGGCCUCCCGCCCACCGCGGGCGAGCGGCAGCAGAACCGGCCGUCGGUGAUCACGUGCGCUUCAGCCAGCGCCCGCAACUGCAACCUGUCGCACUGCCCCAUCGCGCACAGCGGCUGCGCGGCCGGGCCUGCCAGUUACCGGAGGGCGCCCACGUCCACCACCGCCUGCGACCCCGUGGUAGAGGAGCACUUCCGCCGGAGCCUGGGCAAGAACUACAAGGAGCCCGAGCCCGCGCCCAACUCUGUGUCCAUCACGGGCUCCGUGGACGACCACUUCGCCAAAGCCCUGGGCGACACGUGGCUGCAGCUGAAAGCGGCCAAGGACGGCGCCUCCAGCAGCCCCGAGUCGGCCUCCCGCCGCGGCCAGCCAGCCAGCCCCUCGGCCCACAUGGUCAGCCACGGCCACUCGCCCUCCGUGCUCUCCUGAAGGGGCGCGCGCGCGCCCGGGGGACUCCGCCUGCAUGGUUUGCCUGAGCUUCUGAACAGUCCGUGCUUUAAAAAAAAAAAGAAAAAAAAGAAAAA